AUGAAAGGUGGGGGUGUUAUUCCUCCAGUUUUGCUGGAAGAAUCAAGGGUCCCACGCUUCUACAAGGAUGCUAUCGCAAGUUGUGGUGCUGCGCAUCUAUCACAGCUUCCCAAUACUGCUUGCGUUUAUAAUUUAAUGGUAGCAUCUGGUUUACCACGUUCAAUGCUCAGUUAUAUAUGGACUAUCGUGAAUAGAACACUACCGGGUCAAUUAACUAGACAAGAAUUUUACUCCUGUUUGGCCUUAAUUGCACUUGCUCAGAAGGGUCAGACCCUGUGCGCUCUGUCUUUUGUGACUACGCUUCCAGUGCCUCAGUUGCAGCUUCCUCAGCCUCCUGCGGCAAAAACUGGAAAAGGACAGCACAUAUUCAAAAAUGUUGCUGCUGGAUCCAAUUCUUUCUGCUCUUAUGGUAACACUGUACAGCCAAGUUUCAUACAGCGGUCUGGUGGAUUUCCAUCUAGCAUUAGUGUUCAAAACUUUGGUACACAGCAGUUCCCUUCAGCUGCAGAAAGUGCUGCAUUAAACUUCACCAGGUCGCUAGAUGUUAGAAGUUCCCAGAAGGCUGCAUCAAAUUUAAAAAUAAUGGAAAGUUCGAAAACUGAUUCUGGUUUCGACGGUAGUGGGGCAGGCUUUAUGAAGACGUCCCAGUCAAUUCCAGCAAGUGUAAACUUUGUUGCCUCUGGCUCGGUGGCUAGACCUGAAAAAGUUGCUAACGAUUCGUCAUCUCAUACCUUUAUAGCAUCAGGGGUAGAUUCGAGUGCUUCAGAAGAUUUGAAGAAAAGUGCAUCUGGAGAUAAUGCCUCGGCAGUUUUCGGAGCGAGCUUGGAAAAUUCUUGUAAGGAAAGGAAAAAUCUUAAGCAGACUAAUUUGCCUCAAAAAAAUUCUUUGGAUUUUCUGCUCGACCUCUCGGGUCCCUCAAGUAGUUCUGAAGUACAGAAUACAAGGCUCACUGAUAAACAAGAGUUGAAGUCAACUGCGAAUUUGAAUAGGGUGUCAGAUGUAACGGCAUCUUUAAAAGAUGCUCCGGAAGCGGUAGGCAAUGAUGAGUUUGGGGAUCUCUCAGUUGCUGAAGGAACUUUAGAAAUUAAGGACGAUAUUGCAUCCAAACCCAGCCAUUUGCAUCAAAAGUCAACUUCUAGUGGAGAAGGUUCUUUUGAUAUGUAUGCGGCAGUGAAGAUGGUGGAAGGCGAUAAUGGCACUAGUGAGGCGAGUGAAAAAAUUGUUGUUUGGCAACAGUGCAUUGAUGAAGCUCGGAAAAUAUUUGAAGCCGGUGAAGCUCUACUCGGAUCGUACUCUAAGGAAAUAAUUGAAAUGGUAGGCCAUACAGAAAAAGGAUCACGAUACUUCUUGGGUUUGAAAGGUGUCUUUGAAAUGGUACAACGCAUAGCCGAAGGACGUGAUGCUGAACUUUCCGAAAGCAAGGCGUCUUUGAAGACCAUUGACUCUAUAUGGGAGAAGAUUAGAGGAUAUGUUUAUUUCUCUCAAAAUUUACCAAAGUCCACGAGCAAUGGUUUAAUGAUUAAAAUGUGUCAUAUAUGCCUUGUCGAAAUUACCGAUGAUACGUUAUUAGAAUUUGCUGGCACUGAUUACCACAAACAGUGUGCAAAUUUUUGGACCAAUCGAGUUAACUCUGUACUUCCCAGGCUUUCUUAA